GACGCGCGCGAGCCGCACGAGCUCCAGCAGACGGGCCGGAUCCCAGGGGCGAUCAACGUGCCAAUCACGACGGCGCCCGACAGCUUCCACAUCAGUGCGGACGAGUUCGAGGACCGGUUCGGGUGCCCGCGGCCGAGCCCGGCGGCCGAGGUGGUCAUGUACUGCAAGGCCGGGGUGCGCAGCCGGGCGGCGGCGGGGCUGGCGCGGGACGCCGGCUGGACGUCGGUGGGCGAGUACCCCGGCAGCUGGCUGGACUGGGUGGAGAAGGGCGGCAAGGUGCAACAUUAG